CAGAUUCCAAGGGGCCUGCUGGGGACUCUCUUCUCUUCCUCCUCCUCAGGAAGGAAGACCCCGGGGCUGCUGUCUCAGACCAGCUCCUGGGCUGCCAUGGGACGAGCAGCCACCGCCCCCAGGCUGUCCUCCACGCUGCCGGGCAGAUAAGGGUGGCUGCUGUUCCAGGGCCACCUGCCCUCUCCUGCCGUCCGGCUGCUCCUCCCCAACUUGGUGGCCACCUUUGCUGACCUGAGGCCAUGUAGGCCCUGCUUGGGCCUCUGUGGACACACCGCUGGGGACAGUGCCUCUGCUCUCCGGGAAACGCAGUGCACCACCAUCCAGUGCACCACCAUGCCCCGGGGCUUCGCCUGGCUGCGCUAUCUUGGGAUCCUCCUUGGCAUGGCCUUGGGGAACGAGGGUUUGGAGGUGUGGCCCUUGACCCAGAGUGAGGAGUGCACCGUCACAGGCUUUCUGCGGGAGAAGCUGCAGUACAAGCACCGCCUUCAGUACAUGAAACACUACUUUCCCAUCAACUACAAGAUCAGCGUGCCUUACGAGGGGGUGUUCAGAAUCGCCAACAUCACCAGACUGCAGAGGGCCCGGGUGAGUGAGCAGGAGCUGCGGUACCUGUGGGUCUUGGUGAGUCUCAGCGCCACCGAGUCAGUGCAGGACGUGCUGCUCGAGGGCCACCCAUCCUGGAAGUAUCUGCAGGAAGUGCAGACACUGCUCCUGCAUGUCCAGCAGCGCCUCACGGAUGUGGAGGUCAGCCCCAAGGUAGAAGAGGUGUUGUCUCUCCUGAAUGCCCCAGGGAUGAGCCUGAAGUUGGUGCGACCCAAAGCCCUGCUGGACAACUGCUUCCGGGUCAUGGAGCUGCUGUACUGCUCUUGCUGUAAACAAAGCUCCGUCCUAAACUGGCAGGACUGUGAAGUGCCAAAUCCUCAACCCCACAGCACAGAGCCCUCGUGUGUGGCCGCCCAGCUGUACCCUCCAUCCCAGGAGCCCCCCAGCUUCCUGCCCCGCUCUCCGGGCCCAGCGAGGCUGGUCAGGGCACAGGGCCAAGGCCUCUUGCCCUGAGCAGCCUGUCUGGUGACCCUGGGUGGAGCAGCCAGAUCAGCUCUCACGGAAAUUCAACUGGGCCUAAGACGUCAAGGGGUGGUGGCAGGAGCCCUCCAUGGGAGAUGACCCCCAGGGAAGGUGUCUUUCCUUUGAGGGGCAUGCGGCGCCAGAGUGGGACUGUUUCUUGUCUUCUUUUGGUCCCUGACAUGGUCUCACCUGGAGUGGAAGGGACUGGGGGGACCUGGAGAUGGGUGAGGACAGAGCUCCUGGCCCCUCAGGUGCUGCCUUCACCGCCCACCACCUGAAGGAGGUGCUGAAUAUCUCCCGUGGCCCGCAGCAGCGAAGGCACGCUGACGGGCAGGUGAGCGGGACGAUACAGUGACUCCAGGGCUUCCCAGCCUGGCGAGGCGAGCGAGCUCGUGUGGGUAGAGGGCAGAGCCAGAUGCCACUUCUUGCCAUAAUGGAUGCUCUUCCAGUUCCUUUGAUUUUUGUUUUCUAUUAAAUGCUCGUUUUGUUUGGUUUA